UUUCAGUGGGCUGAAGCCAUAUAGGGAGUCGACUUCGAAUUGUAGCGACAGCCCUGACAGCGCAGCUCAAGAAUACAUACGUAUGAAAUACAAUGAACGCGCCGCCAAGCGCUUGGUGUGAUUAUUUUCCAGCAUCAGAAUUCAGUCCAAAGGAUAGGCGCGCCCUGCUGAUAGACGACCUCCUAAAAUUCUUCACCAGCGAUGCUGGCUGCUCUUUCGUCCAGGCGUUGCGGCCGUCGCGCGUGAACGGUUGCUAUGUGCUCCAGGUCGACUAUGCCGACCUUGAAACCAAAUCGGGUUUGCCUGAUGUGCCGGCUGCGCUCGACGGCUCGCCCGUGGAGGCCCUGGGCUGCGUGGCCGUGGCCGCACACGAGGCGGCGUUUAAGCACGGCAAGGGGCGGCUCGCAGAUGGGAUCUCGGCGGCCCCCAUGCAGAGCGGCGCCACGCAUACAGCCCCGGGGGCAGCUAACGGCGUGCCGCCUCCCGGCCGCGUCAUGGUGCGACUGUACAACCACCCCGCCUCCCUAACCCACAUCCGCGCCCUGAAGUCGAGCUCCAUUGGCAAGCUGGUCACCCUGCGCGGCACGGUCGUGCGCAUGACCCCCGUGCGGCCGUUGGUGACCCAUAUGGACUUCGUAUGCGCCAAGUGCGGCUCCCGCACCACACAGGCCUUCACCGACGGCGUGUAUGCGUUGCCCACUAAAUGUGCUGGUGACGGCUGCCGCAGCCGGACCUUCGCGCCACACCGUGCCUCAGCCCGCUGCGUGGACUGGCAGAAGAUUCGGUUGCAGGAGCUGCUGGGUGCUGACAAGGCGGCUGAGGGGCAGGUGCCCCGCAGUGUGGAGGUGGAGCUGUCCGGUGACCUGGUGCACGGGGCGGUGGUGGGCGACGUGGUGACGGUGGUGGGCAUCGUCAAGGUCAUGGCCACAGGGGACGACCUGGGCAAGUUCGCGGCGACCGGCAGCGUCAAUGGCGGUGGGCCUCCUGGCGGCCCUGGUGGCUUUCAGGGCGGUGGGGGAGGUGGUGGUGGCGGCGGCGCUGGCGGCUCCCGCAACGGCAGCUCCCUGUUCCUCAUGUACCUGGAGGCUGUGUCGCUGAGCUGCCCCAGGCAGCAGCUGCAGGGAGAGGUGCCGCUGUUGGGCGACAGCAGUGCCGCGGGCGGGCUGCCGGGCUCCACCUCCCUGCCGUCGUUCAUCACCCGGGACCUGGCGUUUGUGGUCAAGUUUUGCGAGACAUUCGGCGGCGACCAGCUGCGGCAGCUGGUCCACGCGCUGUGCCCCUCCAUCUACGGCCACGAGCUGGUCAAGGCAGGCAUCGUGCUGGCGCUACUGGGGGGCGUGCGCAAGCACACAGGGGCUGAGGGAAGCGGCGGAGCCGGAGCCGGGCCGGAAUGCCAGCCGAGGGCGGGGCGAGUGCCGGUGCGCGGUGACAUCCACGUGCUGGUGGUGGGAGACCCCGGCCUGGGCAAGAGCCAGCUGCUGCAGGCCGCAGCCGCAGCGGCGCCUCGUGGCAUCUACGUGUGUGGCAACACUUCCACCUCGGCCGGCCUCACAGUCAGCGUGGUCCGUGACGCCGUCACUGGCGAUUCAGUCCUGGAGGCUGGUGCGGUCGUGCUCAGCGACUGCGGGCUGUGCUGUGUGGAUGAGUUUGACAAGAUGACGAACGAGCACCAGGCGCUGUUGGAGGUCAUGGAGCAGCAGGAGGUGAGUGUGGCCAAGGCGGGCCUGGUUGCAAACCUGCCGGCACGCGCCUCCAUCCUGGCCGCAGCCAACCCGGUGGGCGGACACUACAACCGGGCCAAGACACUGGCGGAAAAUCUAAAGGGCACCUCGCCCGCCAUGCUGAGCCGUUUCGACCUGAUCUUUGUGCUGCUGGACCGGCCGGAUGAGCAGCUGGACCAGGCGUUGAGCGAGCACGUCAUGGCGCUGCACAGCGGCAUGGCGGACCGCGCGGACAAGGCGCGGCAGCGACUGCUGCAGUACGGCUCCUCCGCGGGGCCGGUGGGGCUGCUCACGGCUGGCCCCUCAGCCUCGGGCCUGGGCGGCCCCAGCCAGUCCUACGGCGGUGGCACACAGGCUGGAUUCGGGGCCACACAGGCCGGCGGUCCGGGUGGUCCUGGUGGCGGGCGGGUGCCGCUGUCGCAGCGGCUGAAGCUGUCGGGCGCCGAGGGCGACAACGCCAAGCUGCCGAUACCGCUGCUGAAGAAGUACGUGCAGUACGCGCGGACGUACUGCCAUCCGCGCCUGUCGGAAGAGGCCAAGCAGGUGCUGCAGGCCUUCUACCUCCAAAUGCGGGCGCAGGCGGUGCCGGGCUCCAAGAACCCUGUCACGGCCCGGCAGCUGGAGAGCUUGGUGCGGCUGGCGGAGGCGCGGGCGCGAGCGGAGCUAAGGCCUGUGGUGGAGCGAAGCGACGCGGAGGACGUGGUGGACCUGGUGCGCGAGGCGCUUUACGACCGCUUCGGGGCGGACCUGGCACUGGGCUGCACCGACUACCGCGCAGGCGGCGGCCGCGCGGGCAGCCGCGGCGCCGAGACGGCCCGCUUCAUGUCCGCACUGCGACGCCAGGCGGAGCGCGAGGGCCGCUGCGUGUUCUCCUCCGCCGAGCUUUACAGCCUGGCCAACGAGCUCAGCCUGGCGGUGCGGGACGUGGCGGCGUUCGUGGACCAGCUCAACGAGUCGGGCCAACUGCUCAAGCGCGGCGGCGGGCAGUACAAGGUGGAGGGGGUAUCGCUGCCCAGCGCUUCCAACCAGGGCAACGGCAGCGUAUGCUUUUAGGUAAAGGCUGGCACGAGCAUGUGACGCAGGGGUACUUGGAGGAUUGUGAAAGUUGUGUGUCAAGCCAUGGGAGUGCGGCAAACAGGACUGGCAGCAUGCAUAGUGCAGAGUGGGAGGGCAUAUGAGCAAGGCAAAGUGGUAGACUGAGAGAGAAAGUGACGGUGGACGUAGCAGGAUGUGGUGCGUGUUUCAAUGCUUGCGCGCGUGCGGAGCGUUGUUAGCAUUGUCUUCUAACAGCAUAUGCAGGCCAGAUGCUUGCCAGGAUGUGUCCUUUCAAGUCUCC